AAGAAAACACAAACACACAUCGAACAAAACAAGAGAGAGAGAGGGAGGGGAGAGAAAGCUUGGGAGCUCGCGAUCGAUGGAGGUGGGAGCGAAGGUGCCCAAGAAGGCCGGCGCCGGCGGCCGCCGCGGCGGCGGGCCGAAGAAGAAGCCGGUGUCCCGCUCCGUCAAGGCCGGGCUCCAGUUCCCCGUCGGCCGUAUCGGCCGCUACCUCAAGCAAGGGCGCUACUCCAAGCGCAUCGGCACCGGCGCGCCCGUCUACCUCGCCGCCGUCCUCGAGUACCUCGCCGCCGAGGUGCUCGAGCUCGCCGGGAACGCGGCGCGCGACAACAAGAAGAACCGGAUCAUCCCGCGGCACGUGCUGCUGGCGAUCCGCAACGACGAGGAGCUCGGGAAGCUGCUCGCCGGCGUCACCAUCGCGCACGGCGGGGUGCUGCCCAACAUCAACCCCGUGCUGCUCCCCAAGAAGACGGGCUCCGCCGCGGCCAAGGAGCCCAAGGAGGGUAAGACCCCCAAGUCUCCCAAGAAGGCCACCACCAAGUCGCCCAAGAAGGCGGCGGCCGCCUAGGCACACGCAAUGCCGGCCGCCGGCGGUGAACCCCCCCGCCUCCUCUCUAUCUCUGUCUGGUCUGAACUGAAACGCUCCUAGCUACCGUGUUCAUCGUUUUCGUUGCAUGCUAUCAUUCUCGUGAAAUCGGUUCGGUUGUUUGUACGUAAUUUAUGUUGUCUUCUGAAUAGGUGAGCAGUCAGGUCUCUGGCUCUCUGCAAUCAGUCAGUCUGUACCGUGUAGGUUAACACCGGUGUAGGGUCGAGGAGUGUGUAGCCUGGGCAGAGAGGGUUGGGGCCGGGAGGGAACUGUGAAUUGUUAGAUGAUGAUGUAAUAAUAUUGUGAAGAUUUGGAUAAUUUUCGAACAAUUGAUCUGUGUUUACUAGUAGAUGCACAUAUAUGCCUACCUGUGGGGUUCGUCGGUUC